AUUUUGAAAAGUUGCCUGAAUUUUGAAACCCUGGUUACAUUUUAAAUAAACCAAUCCAUAUAUAUCUAACUCAACAUAUGAGGAGCAGUCAGACAUCUCAGCAAACCUCUCCCACCCGGUUCGUUGAAAGCCCUGCGAUGGAGUCUGCUUUGGCUGUGGUGGUGUUGCUUUGCUGUUGUGUGGUUGAGACUCAGACAGAGAGUGAGGUUGACGGGCUGCUGAGGGAACUGACAGCCCGGGUGGAGAAACUGGAGAGCAAACCAAAAGUGGCCUUCUCCGCUUCACUUAUGGUCAAUGAUGAACAUUAUCACUUAGGACCUUUCGACGAGAACACCACCGUGGUGUAUAAAAAGGUCAUUACAAACAUUGGUGAAGCAUAUAACCCAGAUACAGGUGUCUUUACUGCACCUGUGAGAGGGGCCUACUACUUCACAUUCACUUGCAAUGUUGGGAAUUCAGGGAAGGCGAAUGCAGCGUUGCUUAAGAACGAUGUGAAAAUGGUUGCCGUCUAUGAAACUGCCAACCCAAAAUUCGGCGUUUACCACGGCGGGGCCAAUGGAGUCACACUAGACCUAGUGGAAGGAGACAAAGUCAAUGUGGUUCUCUGGAGUGGCAGUAGCAUGUUUGACAACAGCAGAAUUAACAUGUUCAGUGGUUACCUUCUAUUUCCUAUCACUACUAAGUAAUAGUAAACGGCUGAUAUUUACAUGGCAUGACUUAGCAAGAAAUGGAAAUGGUUAUUUCAACGUUUCAUUAAAGGAAUAAUCCACUCAAA